AUGCCUCGCUGGCCUCAUCGGCGGACGAUCUUCAGAAUUCUUCUUAAACCCGCCGCCGUUCGCGCCGGCGCUGGAAUUUGCGGUACGACCGACGGAGACCGGCAUAAUGCCAGCCGUCGUCAUUCAGCAGAUAGUUCGAUCAGACGGUUGCUGAACCCGCAUCGCCACGCCGCAGCCGCCGCCAACGGUGCGCGGGCGUUAGUCGGAUCGUUCUGGAUGUUGAAGAAGUCGCAAACCGAUCGUUCACCCGCACGCCCAGGCGUUGUUCAGCACUGGUUGCCGGGACAGCCAUUCACGUCGCUGCCGCAGGGUAAAAUGCGGAUCGCUGGCAUUCCCCCAUCGAUUGUUCGCCAGACGACAGGUUCGAGUUACCGAGACGUUAAAAUGCCGUUGUUGCGUCGAUGGGGUGCCCAUUCGAAAUCUGUCCGCAUCUCCGCCAAAGGCGGUGGGGCAGCGGUCGUAGCGGAAUUGGCGACGCGGCAGUCUUUCGAGCAGCCGAACAUCAUCUCGACGCCCGCCGGGGUCAGCUGGCUGGUGCGCGAUUUUCCGACUGAGAUACGAAGCUGGAUGCGCGGGGGCGUCCCUGUGCGUCUGAUCAUAGCCGCGGUCACGGGCAGCCACUGCGCUUUUGGCAGAUCAUCAGGCCUGAAGGCGUCAUCGCGUACCAGUGUUCAUACCCGCCAGUACGCCCGAUGCCGAUCCCCUUACAACCGAGCUGUGCCGUGCGGUGCACCUUCAGGUUCGUCGAUCAUAACCGUUGACUCGGCACGCUUCCAGCGCGUUCGGCAUCUUGUAUGGAUCGCCAGCGCAGCCCGUUCGAUUGACGAUACCGCUGCACUGAUCCACGCGCAGCUUUGCUGGGCCCACGAUCGUCCGUCCAGCCGUACGGGUCGCUCACACAGUCUUUUUCUCUCAACUGGCGAUCGCGCCUCCUUCAAUGGCGGGCAUGCGCAGCGGCCCGUUGACGAUCAGGUUCGACUUCUUGACGUUGUAAUAGUCGACCGUCAGGUUGAACCACCGCUGCCAUCGCCCUGCGGCAUCAACCAGUCGAAACACCGCCAGUUGCAAGAAUAUCUCGAAAAAGGCCGAUCACCGUCCAUCUGCAAUCGGACGUCAGCCAGUACAGGUCGCGCUCAAUUAGGUCUCCUCUCGAAGCCUGAAGAUCGGAUCGCGCGCGAGGGCAAUGGCCGAGAAGACCUAAGCAGCGGUCGUAGCGGUGGCGACGCGGCGCCAGUCGUGUAG